GACUUCAAACGAGGUAUACAUGAGAGACCAUCAGACUUGGAGGAAAACGAAUAUUUGAAUGGAUCCUCAAACAAUACUGCAGCUAUAAAUACGCCCAUCAGUGAGUUGUCAUAUCAAGAAAUGAAUCUAAAAGAGUCCAUGCAAGCAGAUGAAAAACUUGAAUGCGAUUACAACGACGAUAAACAGCUUCUAUUAGAAGAUGGUUUACUGCCUUCUAUUCACAAAUCCAAAUUGAUCAAUCUCGAACACAACAAUGACCCUAUGAGCAUGUCUUUUCAUGAAGGUCGGGGAGAAUUAUUUGCUUCUAGUAACUCCGAUGAAUUGAACAAGGUCCAAGUGUUACCAGAAGACGAAGAUAAGGCAGAAACAAGUCAGAUAGAAGUUGAAAAUGUAACAGCAGUCGAGAAUGUUCAAACUUUAGUGGACAUACCGCAAGAGUCGUUAAUCGAUGAACAUUCAUCACCUCUACCUGCAGAAACUCAAUUGAUAAACACAACCAACACAAUCCUUUAUGAUGAUCAAACAAUGAAUUCCGCAACAAAGACAGCUUGUCAUAUUGUUAAUGAAGUGACUGAUUUAGUAAAUAAAAUGGAUUUAGAAAACGGAACGAUGGAUAUUGAAGCAGAGUCAAAGGUUGAAUUAGUUGAUGUUACAAGCGAAUCAACUUCGGAGGAAAAAGUACUAAUAGAAAACGAAAUACCUCUUUUGUCCGAAGUGCCAAGUAAUAUACCAAAUGUCUGUGAAAAUAUUGCUGACAAUCUGGAUUUUGAUGAUAAACCUUUGGUGGUAUUAGAAACUGUGCAACAAGAGGUGACCGCUGAAAACGAAUUUAUUACGGAUGAAAGUGUUUUGAAUGUUCAAUCACCUGUUUCUUUUCUGAAAAGUACUGAAACUGAAAAAUCAGAUAUUAUUGAAUCCUCCGUCGACAAUGAUUCAGUUAACUCGCAAGAUGUGGUUCCGGUACUGGAAAAACAAGAACCCAAGAUUGCACAAUUAGAAUAUCCUAAUCCAAUUCCUACUGAAGUCAUUGUUCCUCCUACGCAUCCAAAUAUCGAAACUAAACAAAAAAAUACAACGACUGCGGCCAAACAACAAGUUAAACCUAGGUUAUCAACUUUAAAAUCAACAACGAAACAAACCCCAGGCGCUACCAAACUUACUGAAACUUCAACCAUGGACAAAAAACCAACUGCUAUAGAAAAACCUCUUCUCAAGGCAACCACAAAAUCGGUAGCAUCAAAUCCUUUGAAAAAACCAACUAUGAGUAGGCCGUUGGCAUCUAACACGAAACCAGCAACAAAACCUCCAUUGACCACAACGACUAAACCCAGUCUUACUGCAAAUGUGAAAGCAAAACCGCCAGUUGAGAAGAAAGUUCCGUCGACAAUCACGAAAAAACCUCUAUCUGCUCCCACCAACGGGGACAUAGUGCCGAUCAAAAGGCCUAUAGCGAAUACCAAGCCGACGACGACGAAGGUGACUUCGACCAGUAGUUUAAGCACAAACAAAACAACAACGAUGUCGAAUACGGCUACAAAAUCAUCUUCAGCUACCCUUAAACCAUCAAUUCCCAGUAAACAAUCAUCGGUUGCUGCAAGGCCAAGUAGCACUUCAUCCACUUCAACUGUAACGUCUUCGAAACCAGGUUUAACACCAGCGUCUACAGGCAGAACAUCUGCGCCACCAUCGACCACUGCAGCAUCUGUUACACAGAGAUCAAAAGUUGCAUUAACAUCUGAGAAACGAAAAACAACUGUACCGAGAACAGUGGGCGCAACUUCUACAAAAGCAGCUCCAGUUAGCUCGCGGUUAACCACUACUCAAAAAGAUGCAGGUUCGGUCACGGCAAUCCGAAACAGCCUCAAUAAAACCAAAACAGCUCCCAAGAGUGAAACAAAGUUAGCCCCAGUGAACAAAACAAUUUCUUCUGACUACACCAACGGAUCCUUGAAUAAUGUUGAUAACGGUUCAUUGCAAGUUGAGAAAGAAAAGAAAAACGAAGGAAAUCAUUUGCUUACAAGCAACGGUGCUAUCAAUCAGAACAUAGUAAUUGAUUCUGCAGCAGAUUAAAUUACAUUUAGAUCAUAUAACCCAUUUUUAAGUUUUGACAGCAUGCUCGCAUGUAGAAGGCAAUUAUUAUAAUUGAUUAUUAUUAUAAUUUAUAUCAUUAUGAUUAUUUUUUAUAAUUAUUAUACUUGCAUCAGGAAAACAAUUCAUUUUUGGAAUAUAAAACUACUCGAAUAAAUUAAUCAUAUAAUAA